UGUAUGUGUUGUGUGCUGGCUGCUACGAGCGAGGCUAGACAGGCAGUAUGGCGGAGGAGAGCAGUGUGUACGAGUUAGAGCAGCUAGAAAAACAACUGCAGACUUUGUUUAGCCACUACUCAAAUGAUGAACGCCGAGGCGACGGUGAACCGUUCUGCUCUGACUUUUGCAAGCUGGUGGAGGAGUACGCCUCUCGCUGGCAGGUGCCCCUGCCUCAGCUCAGGAUCCUUGAGAUUGCUCUGUGCUAUUUUGCUCGAGCCUCAUCCUCCUUCGCUUCGAACUGUGAUCACGUGCUCCGCACGCUCAGUAGCCUGGCUUUGAGUGUUUUUGAGUUACUGCUUUUCUUUGACCAGAAGGACUUCUAUCAGGAGCCCCUGAAACACUUUACUGAUACAUUCCAGGAAUGUUAUUUGGCUCUUGCAACGCAUCAGAAUGUUCACUUACUUCAGGUGGAGCGUUUGGUUCAAAGUGGUGGGCCUUGGGCCAACCCGGCCUUACAAGCAAUCCUCAGCGAGUCCAGUUUACCUCAGAAUGAAGUGGAUGGAUACAUCAGCUCUGAGCUGCCAGUGUUCUUUGAGCUUCGCGUGCGGUACCUUUUAUCCUAUGAGCGCAUUAAUGAGGCUGCAGCCCUGGCUAAGUGUUGUUCUCGGCAUCCCGACACAGGACAACACUUGUUCUUCCUCCAGGUCUACCUCACGUGGCUUUACAAAACUUCACAGCAUGACUGUCUACAUAAAGAGGUGACAGAUCUAAAUGGCAAAAAUGCAGUGCACCUCAUCUGUAACCUGGAGUUUGAGGAAAAGGAUGAGUUGCUCUUAGCUCUCAGCACAGCCUUCCUGACACAGCAGCUCUGGAGGGGAGACAUGUACUGUUUGUGCGAUCUUGUCUUCUUAUGGACUAAACUUCAUACUCGGUUGAACACAUCCAAGCAAGCUCUUUUAGAGGAGACUCGCCAGUUGAUGCUGUCUGCCACUAAUGUCAACUCAAUCUUUCCAUUCAUCAGAGCCAUACUUCAAGAAGUCGGAGAAGAUGGUAUCCAAUUUUGCGUGGAGCUCUGUGCUAAUGCACUGAAGUCUUGUCUUCCCUGUGAUGUCCUCACAAAAUCUCUUAUCUACAAAACCAUUGCUGGCCUGCUACACAAUGAUCUGGAGGUAUGCCGGGCAUGUGCUCUUCUCGUCUUCUUCCUGGAGCGCACUGUUGAAUCCUACAAGAUGGUCUACCUCCUUUACAUGCAUCCUGAUCAGGAGUACCACGCAGAGAACAGCUCUAUUGGAAAUAAUGUUCGCUUUGAAAUGCUGCAGGUUUUGAAGAAGGAUCUAUACUUUGAUCCUGAGUUUUGGAACCUCAUUGCUUUGCGGACCAACUGUUUGAAGCUGAUGAAUGAGAAAGGGGUUAGUGCUGCCCUUGAAGAAAUCAUGGAAGACAAAUGGAUUUCAAACUACUGCACCAAAGACUCUGCAUUUCGAUCAAGCACGUCAGCAUGUCAGAAAGGAAGUAAAAGUGCACUUCAGGCAGCAGCUAAGAAGCGGCAUCACAAAGAGGAUCCCAACAGACUAUCCAAAAGACUAAGGAUAGGUCCAGGAAAAACACCAGGAAAUGUUGAUCACAGUGCAAAGAAGAAGGGCAGCCAAGGGUCAAGACCUCCCGAACCUUUGAGGCGCUCAUUUUGGCAGCUAGACAGAAUACGGGACAAUGUGGCUCAAGGAUAUGAGCAACAUAGACGCAUUACACGGUUAUCAGAAAGGAAUCUCCCAAAACGGAGAAUUAGAAAACCAAAGUGGCUCCUAGAAGACUCAGGAACUCUCGAAGAGAACGUUCCCCUGAAGGUCAAAAGGCAUGGGUUCAAGCAUGAAAAGCACCAUCAGUCAUCUCUCAGAUCCGAAACUGGUCAUAUCAAGAACAACACCAAACACAAAUCUUCAGUGAACUCUCAUUCAAAUGCAAGUGAAGACAUUAAGUAUCAGAAAGGGUUUUCUUUGGACUGUCUUAAGCCAGAUCCUCCUCCACAAGUAAUUCUGGAGCUGUCCUUACCAGACAAUGAACUUAUGGGUACAUUUAAUGAAGAUGUUUGCAACAGACAGAGAGGGUUCCCUCAAGUGCUUCUUUACAAAUCUACUGUGAAGCUUCCUGCCACAUUACAACCCGUCAAGACUGUGCAUCGCAACGAGGUGAUUCUCAGAGCACGAGAUACAUCUGUGUUUGUCCAGCAGUUACAUUGUUAUGCUAGGCGGCAAAAAGGAAAAGGUAACGGGCUGAAUAUUCACAGCUCAGUGUCCACAAUCACGCGGUCUUCUGUUCAAGGUAGUCCUCCAAAAGAUCCGCCAAAAGAGCUUUGUGGAAAACCUGCCGCUGAGACGAAAGCUGGAAUCGCCUCUCGGGCAACAGAAGCAGGUAAAGAUAGAGGAUCCCGAGUUAUAGACGCUCAGACUGUCUCAGGAAAGACAUCUUCAGUAAGAGAGCUCUCUGAAAAGUGUGCUAUUGAGAUGAAAGCCAGUCUUGCUCCAUCGAAGGUGGCAGCAGGAAAAGUGGCAAAAUCCCCAGUUUUACAUAAGAUGCCUCAAGCUGAAAAAACAGGAAAACACUCGGAAAGCACUUUAGCAAGAAAGCUCCCUGAAAAAUCAGCUUCUGAAAUGGAAGAUACCGCAGUGUCUUCAGCAGCAACACAAGUUCCAAGUUUAGAUGAAAUCCCUCAAGUUUCCACCAUUGCUUCAACAGUAGAGGCAUGUGAAGAGCCCACUGUUGAAAUGAAAGUUACUAUUGCCUCAAAAUCCACAGUUUUAGGCAAACCUCCAACGGCAAAAGAUUUCUCAAAAGCUGAGGUAUCUCAGAGUUCCACAUCAGACAAAAAUCAGAAGAAAGUUACUGACAAAAUCCACCAAGUUUCCAAUAAAGCAAUUGUUUCUAAGUCUAGAACUGCUGGUCGUGUGCAGUCACAGUGCCAAGAUGGAGAACAAGAAUUUAACUCAGUUUCUUCCCAGUCCGAAAGUGGCAUAAAUUCUGAGGAAGUCAGAAACGAUGUUUGUGGGAUGGAUGUCACAAUGGGUCCACAUAAAGGCUCGAGAGGACAUGUGCCUUGUAAAAAUGAAUCAAGUCCUGGAAGAAAUAAAGCCAGUCUAAGUAAGUUAUCGAAAACAGAGACUACCUAUACACAUACAGACCAGGACAGUAUAAGUGACAUAUCUUCCCUGACGCUAGUAACAGAAAUGGUGACUGAUCUUCCCCCUGGGCACCUUGCUCGAGACCUGAAGAUUGACAAAGAGCGAACUCCAACCAAUAGUGCCUCCAAAGAUUUGAGAGUUGGAAAUAAACCUAGAAAUCCUCAAAAAAUGCAGACUACCUCCAGCUGCUCUUUACAACAACAGGAGGCCUCAGUAGUUGAUGGAACUGCUCAAACUCAGGAUGACAGUUUAGAUACCUGUGAGAACAGUGAGUUUAUGGAAACACCACUAGAAUCAGAGGAAUCCAAGUUGGAGUACUGUUGUACCUUCUGCAAAAAGGACUUCAUAGGACCUCGUGUUGUAGAACAUGCAAUGUUCCAUUAUCGUAAAGAUGAGUGCAUGUUCUGUGGGACAGUGUUCACAGAUGACCUCCUGGCCAUGAUGCACCUCUCUGAUCAUAUAGAAAAGCUAAAGAGGAUCAAAGCCCAAGAAAAUGGGGUUCCUGACACCAAAGAUGUCUCCAUGCCUAAAACCAAAGCAAACACAUCUUCUGGGUGUCAGAGUAAGGGGAGACCAAGGAAAUCCGCUGCCUGUCCUAAGUCAGUAAGCCCACCACUCGAAUGCAGAAAAUUAAGAUCUACUAACAGGUCAGCAGAUGGUUCAUCUUCACAAGAAAAACAAAACAUGUCUAAGCACCUUAUUAGUAAAACUCUUGUUCAUAAAGUGAAUGGGCAUAUUGACAAAAAGAAGAAAUUUAACAGAUUGAAAAGUUAUGUGGAAGAAAAGUCUUUACUUGUACAAGAUGUAGACUUAGGAUCUUCCUCAACAUCAGUUCAGGCAGACAAAAAGUUAGCCUGUUCCACAGAAGAUAAAAUAAAGGUGAAAGAAUCUCUGCAGGGAUUGAAGAAAGCUACAAAACAAAAUGGGAAAGGUGUUGCAGAAAACGAUAUUGAGCCACAUGAGAGAGUUAGCUGUCCUGCAGAUGGAUGCUCUUUUUUUACUGACCUUUCAAAGAACCGUGUUGCGCUUCUGUACCAUGCACUCGAUGAUCACCAUGGUGAGCUCAAACCUUUAGAGCUGGCGUUCCAUGUCGGAAACAAUAAAUGUAGUAUUUGCAUGAGGGUUUUAUGGAGUUUCGAACAUUUUCGACACCACGUUGAAAGACACAGACAGAGUCCAAGGCAUCCUUGCCUUCAUCAGGGUUGUACUGCCAGGUUCAAAACCGGAAUGGAAAUGAGACGCCAUGCCAGGAAGCACAGUCCGCUGCAGGCAGUGUGCUGCCUCCCUGGAUGUUCUCAACUAUUUAUUUGUCUUUGGGCACUGAACCUUCAUGAAAGAGAACACUAUGGUUUCAAAUCUACUAAACCAGAGAAAGACACAAAUGCACAAGGAGGCGACAAACAUAGUGACCUGCCAGUUGGGAAGAAGCAGCAGAGUUCAGGAGAGACUGCUCCAAAGUUACGAGAACAUGCAAGUCAAGAGUUGCUGACAAAAAAACAGGAUAAAGCUGCUCCUCUCUCCACAGGCAGCUCAUCUUUGAUAAAACAGAAGUUGAUAAAGGAAAUCGAGGACAAGGAUUCAAAUGUAUUGAAGAAUCUUUCUAACAAGGACACCUCUCCACAGCCUACUGAUUCGAACCUUAGAUUAAAGCAUACUUUAAGAAAAGGGCAUGGAACAAGUACAACCUUGACAGCUCCCAAAAUUCACAAAGUUAUCUCAUCAUCGUUGUCAAAACACAGCAGCAAAGUAAGGCAUAACCUGAAGAAGAAAAAGCAAGUCAAAGUAAACACAAAAGGUCCUAAAAGAAGAGGCCGGCCACCUAAGUUAACCUAUGCAGUGGAUGAUGAAAACACUGAUGCUGGUCAAAACAGUGAAAUGGUGAAAGGAAAAACUGCUCUGCACAAGAGCCAGAAGAGCACCGCCCAGCUUCAUUUUCCUGAGAGAGCUGUCAAUGCAAUGGAGAGUAACAAGUUAAGUAAAGAGAAACAUCAGCAGGCCCAAGAUGGAGGUGAAACUGGAGCGAUGUCAACCAGUAAAUCAAAGUCAAAGAAAUCAGUAGGCAAAGAGAUUAGAAGGAAUCACGUCAAACUAAAGCCUUCAUCAUUUAACAGUUCAAAACAAUCAGGCAUUACCAUCUCUGGAAUUAAAAGACGAAAGUCAUUAAGUAGAUGGGUUAAAAUUAAAAAUCAUUCUGCACCUCCAGACCUAAAGAAGUCAAAGAUUGCAAACAGUAAAGAUGACGAGACUUUCAAGAAAAACCUACAACCUGCCAUCCCGUCAGCCUUAAAAACCCAUGCCACAUCCAAAUCUGCUGUCCCAGACGUUGAGGCCAGAGGAGCAGCAGUGAAAGGUUUUGCUGAUGAGGGAAAAACAAAGGUGGAAAACAAAGACUUGACUCAAAAGCACUCUGGUGACUCAGUUCUUUCUGUCCCAGCUGCCAGCUUAAAUGUAUCACCCACCACAGAGAAGGCACAGAAGUUAAAAACAGAGGAAAAGUCAAAGAAAUCACUUGUCAAAAAAGAAGACAAGAACAGUCGAACUGCUUCCUCAGACUCCAGCAAGGCAAAAAAGCAUGAGAUUGCAAAUGGUAAAGUCGGCAAAAAGACUGUCAAGAAGAAUUGCCCUAAUCGAAACGGAGCCAUCCCAUCAGCCUCAACACAACCUGCUAAGUCCAAAUCUGAUGGCCCACAAGUUGAGGCCAAAGCAGCAGCAGUAGAAAGUUCUGUUGAUGAGGGGAAAGCAAAGGUGGACCGCACAGACUCAACACAAAAUGGCUCUGGUGACUCUGUGCCAUCUAGCAGUUUAGAUGUUCAACCCACAGCGCAGAGAGUACAGAAAUUGAAAAGGGAGGAAAGGUCCAAGAAAUCACUAGCAACAAAAGAAGGGAAGACUACUCAGACAGCUUCUCCGCACUCAGGCAAGGCAAAUAAGAAGCACAAAAAUAUUAAUAAAAAGGGGGACAGAAAGUCUCUCAAGGCAGAUCACAGCAAACCAUCUGCAGUGAAAAAGACGGCGAAGUCAAAAUGUAUUCAGCAAAAUGAUGGAACAGCAGAGCUGAGUGCUCUUGAUGAGGAGGGAAAAGGAAAGGAAGAAAACUCGGGUGCAUCAAAAGACAGCUCAUUUUCCUCCAUACCUGCUGCUACUUCUGACAUCUUAAAUGAAAAGACUUGUCUGCCCUCUGCACCUGAAGGGAGCUUGCAGAAGGUAACGAAUAAGGAGAAAUCCCUGAAAAAGAAAAACCCAGCCUCUAGCAAAGCAGAUAAGAAGCGGAAGAGUGUUCAGAAGGAUGACACAAAGACUGUCAAGAAACAACGCAAAGAGAGUGCAGUUCGAUCAGCAUCUAAGAAGCCCGAAAAUUCGAAAGCUGAAGUGUCCCCGCUCACUGAGGCCAAAGCAGGGACAGAAGGGACCCCAGAGGGGACAGAAACCCCACAGUCUACAAACAGUGGCCCUGGAUACUCUGUAAUAACAAACGGACAAGCAUCAGGUAAAGGUGAAGAUGUGAAGUCCUCAGUGUUCAAGGAGACUCUCGCAGAGUACAGCAAGAAGCCGUACAUGCGUCUGCCGCCUACAGCAUACCUGGAUGAGAAGUAUAUCACUAUGCCAAAACGAAGGAAGGAUGUGUCGCCUGUCCCGCCCUAUCAGAUGAGCAGCCCUUUCACGCAGGUCUGUUUGAUGUCAGCUGUGCAGAGACAACGAUGUGCCAGCUGUUUCGCCACUUUCAACAGUGUCGAGGAACUGCAGUCUCAUCGCCAGCUGCAGAAGUGCUCGGACCUCUUUGGAUUUGACUCGGAUGAUGAGGGUAUCGUGUUUGAGGCGAAAUGAACUGAGAUCUGUGAUACGUAACCUGUGGAUCUGCAUGGAGCACGAGGAUCGAUUGUACCUCAACAGAUCGGUGCACUCUGGAUGACUUUUGUGUUACUCUGUGCAAAGACUCAUGCAUCCGGAGACGCGCAACGAGAACUGAAAGGCUUACCGGAUUUCUGCUGCUGCUGUGUGUGUGUGUCUGAAGAGCAAGGCCCGGGAGCAGCCAGAACACGUGACCUAAGAGCCAAUCAGUAAAAACAGCUGCUGAACUGAAUCCGCAGUCAGUUUGUUAGGAGGACAGCUACUGAAGUGCCUGCUCUGGAAUCGCCAUGCUGUUUUCCAGCUCUUUUACCUGAUAUGGAAGUUGAGCUUUGUGGGUUAAAGAUUGGACUGUUGAAAGCUGUGAAAAAAACAAAACUGACAAGGCUGUUGCUGUAAUAAGGAUACAUAUUUUUCACAGUAAGCCAUAAAAUAUUCUUUGCUUUUUGCACUCUUCUCAUAAAAUUUUCUCAGUUAAUUUGUUCCACCUUUAACUAAAGCGGUGGGGAUAUACAGUGAAAGAAUCCUGCAAGUUCAUGCUGUUUUAACAUGUUCACUUAGACCAAGUCUAAACUCUAAAGUUGUAAGAUUGCUGUAUCAGAGUUUUCUUUGAAAAGUUUUUAAUGAAUAUUUCUUGUUUAAAUGCUAAUUGUAUUUCUAAUUAAAACAAAAAAAAAACUUACCUAUGUGGUUUAUUAGGUCUAAGCUGCUUGUCCAUACCACAAUUAACCAGUAGGGGUCACUGUUCACCAAUUUCUGAAUCAUGUUAACUUUUUUUUGUUUGUUUGGCCAUGAAUUCAGUAUUCUUUGCUGUUUUUGCAGCAUAAAAAGCUGCUCCACUCUUCUUUACCACUGUAUGGAAUAAAGAAUUGGAUUCAUUUUUAAUUACAUCUGGAAAACUGAACUGAGCAAUAACUGCAAAACGUGCCAGUGUCCCAUUAAUUUAUUGCUGAAUUCAAUUAUUUAUUGUUUCUUUAAUUCCCAAGAGUGGACUAGCUUACCCUCUGGUUUAUAGUAUAUUUUAUCAUUUAAUCAGAUUUUUUUUUUUAAAACCAUAGAGACAUUUUUGAUUUCUUUAUUGGGAAGAAUCCUCUCCUUCAGAGAGAAGCAAAAGUGGCAGGCAUAAACUAACAGUUUUAAAUGUUACUGGGAGGCCAAACCAGUCUUUCAUGAGCAGCAGCAGGUUAUAUUUAUUUAUGUUUUAUUUUCUAUCUUUUGUAAAUAUUUGAAGAGUUUCAGUGGCUAAUUAUAUAAAGGGAUGUUGGAGCUGGGUUUAUAUUUUGUUC